AUGCCAUCAACUAAGCGCCCGAGGUCCGCCGCGGACGAGAAUCGUGCCGAAUGUCCCUUCUCGGUCCAGACCCGGCCAUUGACCGCUGCUGAGCAGCACCAGAACGCAAAAAAGCGGAAAGGCGAGGCGCACGAUGAAGACAGGCGGUCGGAGUGGCAAUCGCAGGCAUGGCCCUAUGCGCCGAUUGGGAAGAUGAAGAAUAACGAUGCGCUCGAUGUCAAGUACUCGGUCUCCCCACAUGUCGACUGGCAGGCCAUGACACGAUACAACAGUUUCGUCCUCGGCAAGGAAAAGUUUCACACCGACGAUUUUGUCUACGUCGCGAAUGAGGAGAGUAUCAAGCGACUAAAGGCCACGCCGGACGGCUCUGGUGCCUCCCAGUCCCCUCGCUCCAACGACUGGGUUGCCCGGAUCCUGGAGAUCCGGGCCCUUAAUGAGCAGAACGUCUACGCGCGCGUCUUUUGGAUGUACUGGCCUGACGAGCUCUCUGCUUCGACGGUCGACGGACGUAAGACCAUCCGCGGCCGCCAGCCGUAUCACGGCAAGCAUGAAUUAAUAGCAUCCAAUCACAUGGAUAUAAUCAACGCCGUCAGUGUGACCAUGGCUGCGAAGGUCGAGUACUGGGCGGAAUCGGACGAAGACGACUCGCAGUCUUCACUCUAUUGGAGACAGAUUUUCAACUGCAACACUACAGAACUGACCCCCGCGAGACCCGUGUGCAAAUGCAAGACCCCCGCAAACCCGGACAAGAUGCUUGUUGGUUGCUCGAACAAGAGCUGUGGAAAAUGGAUGCACGAUGACUGCCUUCGCCACGAUGCCUUAAUGAGGGUGUUUGACCGCCUGGGCAAGACCACGCCGCAACUUUUCGAACCAGCUUCCGAGCCAGGAUCCGUAGAAGCCGACGAGAAGAAGGAUGUCCUACCUGACGCCGACACCGACAAGCAGUCCGUCAAGCUCCCAACCUACAUCACCCCCCCUGGAGCCGCUGCGCCAUUCCCCGCGGCAAAGAAGAAGACGACUAAGCGUGAGCCCUAUCGCGGGCUGUUCGAAGCCAGCCUCCGCCUCGGUGACGGUAUGACAGCCUGGCAUGUCAAGGAUCUGCGAGAGGGCGUCGAGGGCGGUGUGAAGGAGUGGUACGAGCAAGUUUUCUGCUUAUUCUGCGAGAAAUUGGUCGAUUGA